UUUGAUUCCGCUCGUUCGUGAUUUCCCGCAAAGUGCAAGGAUACCACCGGUGUGGUGCAGCGCCUUCGCAUAACUUUCCGCCGGUGCAUCAGCCUCAAAAUGACCAUCACACAUUCGCUAAGGAUUCUUUCCGGCAGUGUGUGCAGGCGGUGGAUGGGUUUGAUGUUUUCGCGCCACAUACACUCAUCGGCUCCUCGAUGGCACGGCGAGUAUGAGUGGCAGGAUCCCAAGAGUGAAGAUGAAGUCGUGAACGUAACGUACAUUGAUAAGGACGGUAAAGAAACGGCGGUCCGGGGGAAGGUCGGAGACAACGCACUCUACUUGGCGCACCGGUACGGUGUCGAGAUGGAGGGUGCAUGCGAAGCGUCCCUCGCCUGCACCACCUGCCACGUUUAUGUGCACGGCGAGUACCUCGAUCGGUUGCAGCCACCGGAGGAGAAGGAAGACGAUCUGCUGGAUAUGGCUCCGUUUUUGAAGGAAAACUCACGCCUCGGUUGCCAGAUUGUGCUGCAGAAGGAUCUGGAUGGGAUACGGCUACAGUUACCGCAAGCCACGCGUAACUUUUACGUCGAUGGACACAAACCAAAGCCCCACUAGCCCGCGGCCAUGUCCAGCAUGAUGUGAGCGAGAUUCUAAAUUGUUACAUUAUUAGCCCAGAACUAGUUUGUACGUGUAGGCUAGGGAGCUGGAGUUCCCAACAUACGGCAGGGAUGCGGACCAUUCCUAGACUGGAUGCUGGACGAUGAUCGGACCGUUAUAUGAUAUGAAUAGAAUAAAAACCGUUACCGGGAUA